AUGAGAUCAUUCUUCAUCUUGUCUGCAAUCAUUUUGUUGGCCACCGUCGCUAUGGCCACUGAGGAGGUCGCUGAGGUUGCCGAUGCCUCUGGAUCAAUGGGUCUGUGCCCACGUAACACUGACACUCGCACCUGCAUCUGGUUCAACAACUUGGCUUGCAAUGCUAACAAGCCAUGCCCCAACGGUCAAGCUUGCUGCGCCACCAACUGCGAGUCCUACUGUUACCCACGUCGCCCAACCCUCUGCCCACGCAACACCGACACCCGUCAGUGCAUCUGGUUCAACAACCUCGAGUGUAACGAGAACAAGGCUUGCCCAAUGGGUCAGACCUGUUGCUCCACCAACUGCGAGUCCUACUGUUACCCAAAGGCCCCAGUCCCCACCUGCCCACCCAACACUGACACCCGUCAGUGCAUCUGGUUCAACAACACUGCCUGUAACGCCAGCAAGGCUUGCCCAACCGGUUCCGUCUGUUGUGCCAACAACUGUGAGUCCUUCUGUUACCCAGAUGUUCCACAGACUGCUUAA